AUGAAAGAUGGCCUACCAUCUAACAUUGUCAAAACAGUCACCACUGCCAUCGAUAAUGCAAACGAAGAACUCCGAACCAUAAAUUUACAAAUAUGGAACAACCCAGAAGUCAUGUUUGAAGAAUUCAAAGCCGCCGAUCUUCUAUCAUCCUGGUUCGAAUCCAAAUCCUGGACGGUGAAAAGAGGAGUCUACGGUAUAGAGACAGCAUUUGAAGCCCGAUUUUCGGUCAGAGAAGGUGGAAGAACAGUAUGCUACAAUGCAGAAUACGAUGCUUUGCCGGGGAUAGGCCACGCAUGCGGACACAAUCUCAUCGCCACCUCCACUCUUGCCUCAGCCAUCGGUGUGGCGGCAGUCAUGCAAGAGAAGCAAAUCCCAGGCACGCUUGUGGUGAUGGGAACACCGGCCGAAGAGACAGGAGGUGGGAAGUGGAUAAUGGCAAACCAUGGCGCAUGGAAAGAUUGCGAUGUAUGUCUCAUGACGCAUGGCAUGUCUUCCUUCUCCACGCCCCUGUUUAUCUCAAAAGCGAGUUGGAAGUUUAGGGCAAAAUUCCACGGUAAAGGCAGUCAUGCUGCCGGCGCACCUUGGGAUGGUAGAAAUGCUUGUGAUGCUAUUGUGCAUGCGUACAAUGGACUUGCGUUGUUGCGACAGCAUAUCGGCAAGGACGAGAGUAUUCAAGGUGUUAUCCUUGAAGCUGGUAAAGCGCCCAAUGUUAUUCCAGACUAUGCAGAAGGUGGCUACUCGAUACGAGCGAAGAACUCCAAGGGACUGUAUGCGUUGAAGGAGAGAAUUGUGCCGAUAUUUGAGGGUGCUGCUGCAGCUACGGGUUGCACAGUAGAAGUUUUCUGGGAUGCACUUUACGAAGAUGUUUUGUCCAACCGGACUCUGGCUGAACGGUAUCGUUCGUAUAUGCUAACCGAGCUUGGGUUGGCUGCCGAGGACAUGAUUUCUAUUGACGAAUCUCUGGUAAAGCACGCUCAAAACGGAAGCUCCGAUCAUGGAAACUGUACCUACAUCACUCCUGGUAUUCAAGCCCUAUUUUCAAUCAAGGCGGAGGAUAUGCCACACACCCCUGCGUUCCGCGAAGCGGCUGGCAAAGAUUUUGGUCAUGCAGAAGCCCUCCGUGCUGGCAAGGCGAAUGCGUUGAUUGGUCUUGAAGUCAUGUUGAAUGAUGCUUUCUACCAAUCUGUCCGAGCGGAGUGGGAGAGUAGUAUGAAGGAAGCUGGACGGCUGUAG